GCAUCGGUUUUGCUCAGCAGUGCAGUUUUGCAAGCUGCUAACUGGGAUUACACACGGCAUCGACUCAUCCAACUGGACGUGAAGUCUACAAGAUGACGUAAGCUCCAAGCUUAUGAUGAGCCCCCGGGAACUAAAACUUGGUCAGCGUGUUGAGGUAACGGGUAAAAAACUGCUGGGUAAAGUUGCCUAUGUGGGACCCACUAAUUUCGCCGCCGGACUCUGGUACGGCGUGGUGCUGGACGAGCCGCUAGGCAAAAAUAAUGGAAGCAUCCACGGCAGCAUUUACUUCAAGUGUCCCACCAACUGCGGACUCUUCGUGCGCGCCCAGCAGCUGGUGAGGAUUGCCGAGUUUUCAAACGGAGCGGAUAAUCGAAAAACCGAUGAAAUGCAACGUGACGGGGCGCGAGCAAAACUUUCGAGGCGGAGUGGCGGGGGAAAGUCCGUGGAGGAGCAGGAGAACCAGAGGGAGCAGAUGCCCAGUACAUCUGGAAAAGCGAAGGCAACGCCUUCUACUCCAUCGCCUCAGCGUAGGAACAGGAACAACCAAUCCUUAAGGGAACCCGCAUUGGCCAAGACUUCUGGGAAAUUUUUGGCAGCCCAACAACAACCUUUACAGCUUCCAAAGAGUCCAAUCGUGUCUGAAGGCAAUCUUAAGAAUUUGGAAGGUGCGGAAGCUGAAGGAGUAAACAAGUCUCCCAGGAGGCCAUCAGCUUCUGAGCAAUCAAAGCAGCUAUCUAAGCAGGAAUCCAAGGAUUCACCCCAGAAAGCAAGAAAAGACGAUGAGUCAGCUAAGACAGAAGACGACCCCCAAAUCAUGGACGCAGUCGACACAAAAAAGGAGGCUGUUGUCAAUCCGCUUCAAACAAGCACAAUCGGAGAGCUGCCUACACAAAAGGCCAGUGUUCAACUGACACCGCCAAUUAUGACCUGCAAUCAGAGACGAUCCACAUCCUACACCCAGUUAAGACCCACAAGGAUUAGCCAACCCAAGCCAACAACAGCACAGGCUCAGAGCUCCACAGCUCAGCUCACUUUGGCCAUGCCGGUUCCUCUGGCGUUGGCUCCCAAGCGCAGCAAGACUAGUAUGAGUCCCACAAGCUCGAUAAAAAGAAUUGCGCCUGCCGCCUUUGUGGAGCCACGCUUCCUGGAGAUUCUAAGACCGCAGUUCACACCUGGGCCAGCACUCCGAACCCCCAGCUCAGUGGCUCCACCUCUAGAUAACCCAGAGCUUCGACAAUUAAAGGAAGAACUCCAACUGCUAAGGGUACAAAAGAGCGAGGACAAACUAAAGCUCCUAGAAUUGGAGCGGAUGCGAAUACACAAUGAGCAACUGAUAGAAUUCAAGUCGCAGAUCAUGACGCAGCAGGUACUGCUCCAGAGGGAACUGCAGAGGUCACGACACGAACUGAGAGAAGCUCAGGAUAUUUCCUGUAAAUUCAAGAGGGAGUUGGACGAGAUAGCUGAGAGUAUAGAACUGCUCACCCUGGAUAAGGAAAUGGCGGAGGAGCGCAUGGAGACCUUGCAAAUGGAAUUGGAAAUGGCUCAGGAAAGAAAUGACGAACUAACCUUGGAUGUGGAGAUCUUAAAGGCGGAGCAGGAGGAGCAGCAGGGUCAACGCAUUGAGAAGAGUGAGAAACAAACCGGUGUUGGAGCAAAUGCCAAAACCGCCGGGGAGUUCCUUCGGUUAGAGCAGUAUAACCAGCGCCUUCGGGAAACAGUGGUCCGUCUAAGAGACACUCUGGCCCAGGAAAAGCAACUUGGUCAACGAACGCACAAGGAACUCGAGACCAAACACUCAGAAAUCAACGAGCUGAAAAGCAUCAAGGAGUUACUAAGCAGAAGGGUGGACAACAUGGAAGUGCAGCUAAUGGAUUUGAAAGAGCAGGUAGAUGCCUCUCUCGGGGCAGAGUCCAUGGUUACCCAGCUGGCCUCCCUAAAACUAGAGCUAGAAGAUCGCGUCAAGCUCUUGGAAGACGAAGUCAACGAACUGGAAGCACUCGAACAAAUCCAAGAGCAACUUAUAGAAAGUAAUCAAGAACUGGAAACGGAUCUCCGCGACGAGAUCGACAAGUUAAGUAAUCAAGUUAAGAUCCUGGAGCAGCAGAAAAACGCUGCCAUGGAGAGUCUUUACGACCGAGAUGUGACCAUUAUGAAAUUCCGAGACUUGGUUAGACAGCUUCAGGAGCAACUCCAACUUCGGGCAGAUGGCACCUUGUCCAUCGAGGAUUUCAGCAGUGCCAACGAAUCACAGCAGGAAGAAGGAUCUAAUCAGAGCCAGGCGGACUACCAGCAUAUUUUCAGUGUGAGCAAGGCUUACGGAAGGGCUCUUGAGCAGCAGAUAAAGACUGUGGAGUUAAGAUUGCAGCGACAACACUUAGAGCAUGUCCUGGCCUUCGUCCCCGAACAGUUCCUUUUGCGCGGAGGGGAGCACGAUGUGGUACUGGUCAUGCUGCUUCUAGAGCGGAUGAAUGAGAAACUGACGAUCGUAUGUCAGGCCAUCAAUGAGAAGUUUCCCACGGCCUGCGAGUUUGGUCGCGAUGCCAUUUUUGAGGGUUACUCUGUACAGAGGUACAUCUUCAGGUCGCAGUGCCUUUACCUGCUUAAGAGUCUCCAACUGGUGCUCCAGCAGUUCCGCCAUGGCCUCAAUCACUGCGAUUACGAGUUGUGCACACAUGCGGCCAUUUAUCGAAGUGAUCUGGAGGUCCAGGAGCAACAACUUGACGAGUUUGUGCGGCUUCUAAAGACUGGACAACUGGAUGAGCAUACGAACUGCGAACCCAUUCAGCGUGUUCUUCACUACGUGAAUGGAUUACACCAGAAUCUGAUGCCUCCUCAAACGCUUGUAGAACUCCUCGACGAGCAGCAGCUCUAUGAAGCCCUGAUCGAAGUCUAUGAAGCUGGCUUGGAUGCAGUAAAUGCAAAUGCAGGUCUGAUGCACACAAUUAUACAGUUGGGCCAUGAGCAGACCGCAUCAUUUAGUUGCAUGCAGUUGCUAAUGGAACAGAGCUGUGCCCAUAAGCAGAAGCUUAAGAAGCUCCAGAGGAAAUUAAGUGGUAGCAAGACGGCUUCCUGGACGGGAAUGCAGUGUGCCAGGUACCAGAGAAUCCUAGAGGCCAACGAAGCUUUGGGUGCCCUUAUACGUUUGCUGGGAUCCACUGCACGAGAAGCUAGCAAAGACUCCAAUGGGGGAAUAGCCCACGAGAAGUUGUGGAGGAUGCUGGUGCUCAACUACAACAAGUUCGCUCCAAGUCAGGAGGCCGAGGAACCCAGGGAAGUGGAUGCCUACAGCCAGCGGUGUAUGCAACUCCUAGAAGAGCAAUUGGAUGAACUCUUCACAUUGCUGGAAUCCACAGACGUGAACACAGAGUAUGUGCGUCAUCCGACCAGCAACACGUUGCAGGAAAGGGCUGCGCAGGUGAAAAGGCACUACGAAGACGUAAAAAACCUGGAGCUGACUGUGGCAGAGCGAGAGAAGGAAAUCAAAAGCCUCAAAUACAUGGCCAAGAUGAAGCAGCAGGACUUCUCGGAGCUACAGGUUCGCAAAGAGAUGGCCGAGAAGCAACUGAGCAAACAAUGUCACGUUCUUGCUGGAUUCGCGGAAGCUGUAGAGCAGCUGGAGCAAUCGAUCCUGGCCAAGGAGGCGGCUCUUGGUCAGGCCUUGAAUAUACUAGCGGAUAAGAUAUCAAUCCUAGAACAGGCCCAGCAGCAUUGGAAGGAGCAGCAGCAGGCGAAUAGUGCAUGUGUGACUAGUACCACGAUAAGUUCCAAUCGAGAGAUGAACAUGCUCCAUCAGGCUCUCCGUCAGGAGAGGUCCCUACGAGUUCAACUGCAGGGCAAAGAGAUAAGGAAGACCUUCGCCGCCUUGGAACCAUUGCAUGUUCCUCAAACCGGAAGCCAGGAGUUGACCAACCUGGAGAGAGACCUUCGCUCCCUUAAGAACCAGUGGCUUCUGGCACAUCUCGAUAUGGGCACGACUGGCAGUCAGCGACGACGGGAAAUUGAGCUGCAGGGCAGCCGCGUGAUGCGACAUAUCUUCCAGACAUAUUGCACACAUCAUCCGCAUCGGGCCAAGAGCACCGAUUUUGGCCUCUUCAUCAGCGAGGAUCUGCGGAGGGCAUACGAGCCAAAUUUCUAGUUAUACGAAUUAGUAUUCCAGCUGUCUUUCGGUCGUAACAAAGGUAAAUGUGAUUCGCGGCUUAUAUAAAACAUUAAUCUAUUAAUAAUUAUUUCUACGAAAUUAGAUAUUACAUAUAUACAUGCAAAUAUGAAAACUGUA